AUGGCGUCUCUUGAUCAAAUUGUAACUUUAGGUGUUGUCCUUGCCUCUGUCUCAUUUGUAUUUAGUAUCGCUACUGCGAUGGUUCACUUUCUUAUCCCAAAAAUGAUGGAUCACCCUGGGCAGCUUGUUUUCAUCCAAUGUCUGACUCAGGCAAUGUAUGAUCUCCAUUGAUUUUCUGGAGAAGAAAGAAUCCACACGUAUAUUUUAUGUAGAUUUCUUGUUGACAAUAACUUAUGUGAAGUCAUUGGUGGCUUUAAUGUGUUUUUCUUUUUGUUAGCCUGAAAUUAUCUUGUGGCUCUUAGCUUGGAGAUAAUUAUCAAGUUGACAUUUAAUGGAGAUACCGCAUAUUUAACAAGACUAAGGAUAUAUCACGCUCUCUCCUCUUUUAUUGCAUUUUUCCUUGUAUUGAUAGUCAUAAUAGUCGGGAGCUUUGGGACUUCACAUCUUCGAACUUGUUUUAUUAAUCCUCAGACAUCCGGACAUUAUAUAGAAUUUGUUCCUUUAGUUGUUCACUUGCCAAUCAUGUGAAGCUCAGUAGUGAUCGCUGUAAGAAAAAUUGAAAACGCUUAUGCGAAAGUUAUGUUUAAUUAUACAAUGGUCAUUUUAUGUAUUUCUUCUAUAUGAACUAUAUCUACACUUGCAUCAGUUCUUGAUGUUUUCAAUGAGCAAGAAGAAAAUGUUGUCGUUCCUAUUGGAGUCAUUUUAGGAUGCUUAUCAGGGAUUGUUGUUGCGGUAGCAAGAUUAAGCAAUAAAGAGCUGCUAUUAGAAAUUUAUGUCACUUUAUUUAAAAGAAAAGGUAUUAUCCAAAGAGAAUAUAAUAUUUCAAUGCAGCAAGAUCUUUUAACAAAGUCAAAUAUUUCACUUGGGCCAGACCUUUUACCAUCUAGAUUCUCCAAAAAUAUAAGUUACCUUGGCGAUUUUUUCCAUGAUUUGACUGAAAAAGUAUUUUUUAUUUACUUCCCCUUUAAUAAGAAAAAAAUGCUAUUCCAGUAUAAAGGGAGUGAAUUUUUUACAGAAAUAAAAUUAUUUUAAAUUUUCUAGAUAAAGAAUUUUUAUAAAAACUUUAAAAAUUAAAAAAAAUAUAAAUUGAACUUAAUAUUUUUAUUUUACUAACUCCCCCCUCUCCCGUGAGCGAAAAAAAAACCAUUGGAAAAAUCCCUAUUUUUGCCAAAAAACCCACCCUCUGUAAACGAACAAAAAAUUUUUUUUAAAAAUAUUUUGAUAUAUAAGUGAUAGUAUUGAAAAAAAUCGCAUUUAAAACAUAAUUUUACAAAUUUAAUAAAUCUUCGCUUCCAAUUUUUACGAAUUAGGAUUUUUUUAAAUUUCGAAAAAAAAUUACCCUCCGUGAGCAAAUUUUUUUUUUUUUCACUAAAGGAGGGGAAUAAGAAUCAGUGUUAAAACUGUUUAAAAAAUAUUCUGCAUAAACAUUUCCGUUAAAUUAGGUCAAAAUUAAUUUUACAAAUAUUAGUUUUUUUGCGAUAAAAUUUUUUUCUUUUGAAAAAAAAUGAUUCGAAUUUAAAGAGUAGAGUCAGACAGUCUUAGAAAUUCUUUGCACUUUAUCGCUUAGGUUCGAGAAUUUAAAUGAUUGGACUGAUUUAUAUGAAAUAACGUAAAAGAAACUUAGAUUUGAGUCAUUCAAAAUGCAUCGAUUAUUUAGUUUUCAGCUAAACGACUUCAAAAGGAUAAGUUUAUAUCAUGGAAUAGACUUAAACAAGCGUAAAAUUUAUUCAGUUUAUUACCCAGAGCUGAAGUUAAAAGAAUGGGCCCCAGAUAUUUUUGCAUCCUUGAGACAGAAAACAGGAGUUUCUGUGCAAGAGCUAUAUCGAUCGUUAAUUAACAAAGAAAAUUUAGACUCGAUCAAUGUAAGGCAAAGUAACCAAGGAGGAAAAAGCCAGGCAUUUAUUUAUACAACCUCUGAUGAAAAGUUUAUAAUAAAAACUAUGACUGCAACAGAAAGAAAAUUUUUUCUUAAGGACUUUUUGGGUAUUUAUUAUAAUCAUAUCAUCACAAAUCCAGAUUCAUUAAUUGUCAGAAUCUUACUUCAUAAUUAAUAAAGUAAUAAUGAGCAAGCAUCAAGAUUUUUUCCCUCUAAAGCUUUUGCAAGAAAAACAAAUUCUUAUAAAAUUUGAAAUUCUCAAAAUUUAAUUGAUGAAACCUAGAGAUUAGAUUAUUAGAUCGAUUAUGAUAAGUUUGAGUGGAUCUUCGGGGCUCAUUUCAGCUCUUCAGGCUUCUCACAGCCUAGGCAUCGGUUUGUACUUGCGGCCUUUUUUGCUGACGUCACCAAAAAUGGUGACGUUGCCAUCUCUCGGAGACGCACCCAGGCACUUUCUUGGACAACUCCUAGCAGUUGGUAUUAUUUAUCCGGAGAUGGGAGAUUGACACGACAUCGAAUCCUCCUUCUGAUCACCAUCACCCUUCACAUCCAGAAAUGUGGAUUGUCUUAUGGAAAUUGGUUUCCUUGUCUAUGAGUCUGGUAAAAUACUGUGUCGUGGUAUCCGACCAGGGAGAAAAACCCCAUCAGGACACCAAGCUUUAGAUCCUGACCUUCUGAAACCUAAGAACCUCGAGGGUAUGGGGAGAUUACGGAUCGGAUAAGUUACCAUUUUAUUUUUGUAUGAAACCUAGAGAAAAAUUACAGCUAUUUUAAAUGAAAUUUUUUGAAAUAACUUAUUUUAUCUCCAUUUUUUAGCUAAAAUAUCUUUAAAACAACUUUUUAAAAUUAUACUAAAAUAAUUUUUUAAAAUAGAAAUAUUUAAAUAAGAUAGAUUUAUCACUAACUCUCUCUGCCGGUAGCAAAACAAUUAGAAAAAUCCCACUUACCCACGCUGAAAGAUUAUAAAAUUUUUAUAAAAUAUUUUAAUAUAUAAGUAAUAAUUAUUAUAUUAAAUUUAAAUAUCUUGUAUAUUAAUAAAUUAAUCUUUUGAAGUAAAGAGAGAAAAAUCAAUAAAAUUAUAUUCAAUAUCUAAAAAAUAAUCAACCCUCUAAAGAAAGGAAAAAUAAUUUUUCUAACUGAGAGUGGAGUAAAUAAAAAUAAUAAUGUUUAGAAAGAGUUAGGAAUUUUUACACUCUUGCCAUUUAAUGUGAAUUUAAUUCUGAUGGAAAAUAUUAUCCCAAAUAAAUCGAAAGCUUAUAUUUUUGAUCUAAAAGGAAGCACUGUCGGAAGAACUUCUUGCUUUGGAGCAGAAAUGUCUUUACUAGGGGUAGUUCAAAAAGACAAUAAUUUUAGGGAAUUUUCCCAAAGGGUUCGUUUAAAUGAAAAUCUAAAAACAUCUCUCAUAAAAGCUAUAAACUCUGAUUCAGAGAUGCUAACUUCUCCCCUCUGUGAGUGAACAAAAUAAUUUUGUUAACUCACGGAGGGGGGUUAAUUUUUUUUUAAAAAAUUAUGAAAAAAUUUUUUUCGAAAUUUUAAAAGCAUCCUAAUUUGCAAAAAUUGGAAAGCAAAUAUUAAUUUAAUUUAUAAAAUUUAUGUUUUAAAACGCAAUUUGUUUAAAAAUUAAACAGAAUUAGCUCGAGAUUUCAUUAUAAUAGUUAUCACUUAUAUAUCAAUUAUUUUUUUUGAUAAAAAAUUUUUAUUCACUCAUGGAGGGUGGGCUUUUGGGAAAAAAUAGGGAUUUUUCCAAUGGUUUUGCUCACUCACGGAGGGGGGAGUAAGAAGCGUUGAUAUUAUGGACUACUCAUUAAUUCUUGCCUUUUAUCAAGAAAGCUGGGCUCCUAACAUUAAAUGUCGAUAUCUGCAAUUCUCUCCUACUGGUUUGUGCUACUCUCUUGGAAUUAUCGAUAUUUUCCAAGAAUACACAUUUAAAAAGGCAACAGAAAAAGCUAUUAAAACUGUGCUUAAAGGCAAAAAUAAAGACCUAAGUGUUGCUAACCCAGCUGAAUAUGGGGAACGUUUCUGUAAAUUCUUCCCAUAUAUAUUCCAAGAAGACCAGUAA